AUGUCGGAGGUCCAGGGAACUAUCAACUUUUCUGUGGAGCUGCACAAAUUCCAUAAUGUUGAUCUCUUUCAAAGAGGAUAUUACUUGCUACGUACAAGUCUGAAAGUUUCAGCUAAGAUCCCGCAUCGAUUGUCAGCAAUUCUGGGUGAACAAACAGGUAAUAGUUUGUUCUGUCAGUGCUGCAUCCACGAGAACACCGUCUUCAGCCAAGUGUUUCAGAUCUUGUACCGGAAUGAAGAGAUUCUCCUUAAUGAAUCCAUGAACUUCACAGUUCAUCUCCUCCUGGAUGGUGAGAGGGUGGAAGAAGCAUUAAGUGAAGCUGAUUUUCAGCUCAAGCUGGACCUGCAUUUUACAGACAGUGAACAACAGCUGAGAGACGUUCUGGCCAUCCCCGUAAUAAGCAGCCGGACGUUGGGACUCCACUUCCACCCCAGGCAAGGCCUACACCACCACGUCCCUGUCAUGUUUGAUUAUUUUCACCUGUCGGCAGUCACUGUUACUCUGCAUGCCUCUCUGGUGGCUUUAAACCAGCCCCUCCUCAGUUUUGCUCGUCCAGGAAGGGCUUCCUGGCUUGGUAAAGGCAGCCUGGAUAUGGGGCCAGAUCUGCCUGGGAUGUCGCUAGAAAACCUAGUCUUUGGAGCGGGCUAUUGCAGACCAACAACUUCAGAGGAAGGCUGCUAUGUGCCAUCAGAAAACUGCAGGCAACAUGCCCAAAAGUGGCAUAAAGACCUUUGCCUCCUGCUCUUGAAUGCCCAUAGAGGACUUCAGAGAUACUGUGCUGCCAUCGCCAAGGAGAUUCCCAAUUUGCCACAGCUGAAGUUAGAAGAUCUUGCUGUGGAACAGACACUAUCACAACUUUCUGAAGAGCUGCAGAUGCUGAAUAAUUCAGAAAAGAUAGCAGAACAGAUCAGCAAAGACCUUGCUUGGCUCUGCUCCCACCUUCUGGCCCUCUGGACCCAGUUUCUGGCAACUGUAACCCUACAUCCUGAUGUCACGGCCUACCUUGUUCAAGAGCAUCACACUUUAAGGGUAAAGAGAUUCUCGGAGGCCUUCUUUUAUGCAGAACAUCAAAAAUGUGCUACAACAACCUUCCAGGAGAGCCUCAUCCAGCAUCACAGCCAGAUUUCAUCGGAAGUCCGGUACUCUGAGUACUUGACCCGCAUGCCACCCCUCCCUGUAGAAUGCCUGGACAUUGAUGGAGACUGGAGCACGCUGCCAAUUAUCUUUGAGGACAAAUACGUGGAUUUCCCUUAUCAAGUUCAGGGCUUAGACAUUUUGUCAAACUAUAUGGUUUCUGCAGUGGACAAUCCACAAGUGGACCUUGAUAAAAAUGAGGAGCCUUCCUCACACAACAAUAUUGCUUUAGCAAAGGGGGACUUCAGGAACAAUGUCCCUUUCAUUAUUCAUACUGAUAGGAUAAAUAGAAAUUUGAUGUGUCCUUUUGGCUAUUCAAAAGGUGACUCCUGUAUAGUCAAGAAUUUCAAGGCUAACUCCAUGACUCAGGUAUGUACAAUGAAUGGAGAUGUCCAGUCCUAUGUUACUCAGAAAGAACUGGAGGACAAUGUUGUAUCUGGCUUGCCAUCAGAUCUCCUGAAAGAUCCUUCAAAAAACUUUAAGGAACCAAUGAGAUUUACAGAAAACAAUAAUAGACUCACCACCAAGGUGCCAUAUUUGGACAUGGACCCAGUGUGUAAGACUGCCCACCAAAAUCAAUCAAUACUUGUUAUGAAUACUCAGUAUGACAGUAGCAAUUAUGAACCUUCUAAACAUGUGGAUGGGAUUGGAUUGAGCCAAACAGUUCAAAGGGAUUGUUGUGAAUCUACUCUUGCUUCUGACAAAUUAAUGUUCAUUGAGACACCAGUAGAUCAAUGUGGUGAAACUCUGUUGCCAGCACUGAGGACAUUUGAUAUAAUUCAUCAUUACAACUCCUCAAAUCAAACAACAGUUGUUGAGGAGUCCAAGUCAUGUUUGAAGGAGCAUAAAGUGAAAGAGCAUGAAGAUGUCUUCAUAGCAGGGGUUAUUAAGAGAUCUUCAUCGAUAAUUUCAGACUCAGGAAUUGAAAGUGAACCCAGUUCAGUUGCUUGGUCUGAUGCAAAGAGCAAGGCCUUGGAGUUGUCCAGUGAUCGAGAGAUCCUUCACCAGCUAGUCAGAAGGCAUGCAAUCCACCGGAAUUCCCUAGAAGGUGGACACACAGAAAGCAAUACAAGUUUGCCCAAUGGCAUACAAGCCUCACUUACUUCCAUUAGCUCCUUGCCUUAUGAGGAGGAAGAGAGAGAAGUGGAGCCCAACAAGCUGACAAAAUCGAUCUCUGCUCCUCAGAUCAGCAGUCCUGAGGAAUCUGUGGAAGUCAUGGAUAUAUCCAAACACAAUAAAAUCAUCUCAGAUGGACAAUAUGUUGAAAUAGGAAAUGUCAGAAUGAUCUCAGUGGGAAAUAUUUCUGCCUGCCAGGAUGAAGGACCACAACUGCCCAGUGUUUUGAUGGAGCAUCCCAAAUGUGUUUUUAAACAAAUAAGUAGUACUGCUCACUUACAAGGAUGUGUUGAUGGCUUUCCAGAGAAAGACUGUAACUUGGAAGACAAAAAGGGACCACUACCUCAAGUAGAAUACCAGUUGCCAGAGGGAAGAGAGGAUGUCCAUCUAGAAACAGUCAAUAAUUACUUGGACACAAAUGUUCCUCAUAUGGAUGCAUAUGAUGAGGAUGCAAACUUGCAUAAUGGCUACAAUUUAUAUUCCACAGAUGUUCACGCUUUCUCACAUUGUGAGAACGAUAUGUUAGACUUUUACUAUACCAAUCCAGACUCAGCGGAGUUGACAUAUGAAUCUGUCCUCACAAAGGGGAACUCUGCUAUCUCUCUGGCCAGCAGCAACAAUACAAUAUCUGGUAGAGAAAUCCCAAAUUUACAAAACGUUGAACUGGACAACAGAUCUGAGUGUGGGUCAUAUGGUGUUGAGCUAGAAAAGAGAGAUCUCAAAAUUGUAGCAAACAAUACAGGAUCCCAUUCUGCAGUACCAGAGGCCUUGGUGCUUGAGAGUAAGAAAGCCAUGGAGGUAGUCAAUUUAUCUGUUUCUUGCACAGCCACAUGUCUUCCCUUUUCUUCAAUUCUCAAAGAGACACCACCGGGGACUGUCUUCUCCUCCAAGCAGGUCACUUCUCCUAUCACUCACCAACCUGUAGGGUCCUUUGGGGUCAUCUCUUGUGAAUCUAGUAAGGUGGGAGAAGAGGACAAUGAACAAAUGCUCAAUUUCUAUCAGGCCAAGGAAACAUUUAAAAAGGAACUGAAGAUUGAAGGAUUUCUGUACAGUGACUUAUCCAUACUAGCUUCUGAUAUCCCAUAUUUUCCACCAGAGGAAGAGGAAGAAAAUUUGGAAGAUGGGAUUCACCUAGUGAUCUGUGUCCAUGGACUAGAUGGUAACAGUGCAGAUCUUCGGCUGGUAAAAACCUUCAUCGAACUGGGUCUCCCUGGGGGAAAACUUGACUUCCUAAUGUCAGAAAGGAACCAGACAGAUACAUUUGCAGACUUUGAUACCAUGACGGAUCGCUUGCUGGAUGAAAUCAUUCAGCAUAUUCAGCUGUACAACUUGUCAAUAUCACGUAUAAGCUUUAUCGGUCACUCACUUGGUAAUGUGAUCAUCCGAUCAGUAUUGACCCGGCCCAGGUUUCGCUAUUACCUCAAUAAGCUACAUACCUUCCUCUCCCUCUCUGGACCUCACCUAGGAACACUGUACAACAACAGUACUUUAGUUAGCACAGGUCUGUGGCUCAUGCAGAAGCUGAAGAAAUCUGGGUCCCUUUUGCAGCUGACUUUCAGGGACAAUGCAGAUCUGCGGAAGUGUUUCCUUUACCAGCUUAGCCAAAAAACAGGUCUUCAGUAUUUCAAAAAUGUAGUUCUUGUUGCCUCUCCCCAAGACCGAUAUGUACCAUUUCAUUCUGCAAGAAUAGAAAUGUGUAAAUCCGCCUUGAAAGACAGACAUACAGGUCCUGUUUAUGCUGAGAUGAUCAACAACCUUCUCCAGCCCGUUGUUGGAGCUAAGGACUGCACUUUAAUCCGUCACAAUGUAUUCCACGCCUUGCCAAACACGGCUAACACACUGAUUGGGCGAGCUGCACACAUAGCUGUGCUGGAUUCUGAACUGUUCCUGGAAAAGUUCUUUCUUGUGGCAGGACUCAACUAUUUUAAAUAGGACUGGGAGCCUCAGGGGAACAAAGGAAGCUUUGCAGAAAACGGCAACCGUUUCUGAACCGAGGGAGUGCUAUAUUGCCAGGAAGAAUGGAAUAGGCCAGUGGUG